AUGAACGCGGGGAGGGAACGGCCGGAAAUGGUGGUCGGAGACCGUACCAUCACGCCGAAGACGAGCCACAAGCUACUAGGAGCGAUCCUUGACCAAGGACUACGAUGGAAGGAGCAGGUGGCGGCGGCCAUGGCGAAAGGUGCGGCGUACUCAGCGCAGCUAUGGCGCCUUUCUCGGAUGUCGGCGGGCAUGCCACUAAAGGCGAUCCGGAAACUACACACCACGGUGGUCCUCACCAAGACACUAUACGCGGCAGAUGUAUGGCUCCGCCCCCCUCUCUCAUGGGGCUCGACAAAAGAAAUGCGCGGGUCCCUGACUGUGAUCAAGAAAAUCGCCUCCCUGCAACGCGGACCACUUCUGACAAUGACAGGGGCCCUGCGCUCCUCACCGACUGACAUCCUGGAAAUCAUGGCAAACAUGCGCCCAAUAUCGCUAACGGUACAACAGAUGUUCUACAAUGCGGCACUGAGGCUGGCAGCGCUCCCGCCGGUCCACCCCUUGGCGCCCGUUUACCAACGCGCCGCAAAACGGCUAGUCAAGCACCAUCAGACGGCGAUCCACCUACUCGCGCACCGAUGCAAAGUCCGACCAGGGGAAGUCGAGACCCUCAACUACCCCCGACUGUUCGUUGCGCCGACACCAGUCGAGACUCACAUUGCGAAAUCGAGGAAGGAGGCUGUUGAGGAGCACGCGGGGAGAGACAGGGGGGUGGAGGUCUACACUGACGGAUCUGGGCACGGAGGACGGAUAGGAGCAGCAGCGGUAAUGGUGAGGGUGAACGGAACAACGAAGGUACUCCGAUAUCACCUGGGAUCCGACCAGCGACACACGGUAUUCGAGGCUGAAUUGGUGGGCAUCCUGCUAGCGAUGGAACUCCUC